AUGGCUACUGUUGCGACUCAUUGUUCUACAGCAACAGCAUCGAAGCUGUCAACUGAUGAGGCUAGUUCCGAUCCUUUACAAGCUCCUAUAAGUUAUGUGUUAUUGGAGCUUACAUCAUUGGAAGAAGCCAGUUCAACAAUCGGUUGCAGUAAAAAUAGGUUAACUAGCUUGGAUGUUUCGGAGCGAUAUGUUGCUAUAGGAUCAGUAGACGGUAAUGUACACAUUUUUUCACGAUUCACAUCAUGCAAUGCUCAACGUGUUAGCCCAGUUCCGGUGCAAGUUUUGUAUGCAAAUUUUGGUCCGAUUUUUAAGCUUGCUAUAUCAGCAGAUGAGAAAUAUUUAGCUAUCGCCAGCCGGAAAGGGUCUCUGGCAAUAUUUCCUUUGUCUCCUCUUGGCUUACCAAGUCCUGCUUUAGUCACCUCUUACUGCCACUGUUCACCUGAACAACUUAAUUUUGUAACCGCUUUAUGUUGGAGUUCUGACAACCGUAGGAUUUACGCCGGUGAUCUAAAAGGCUAUAUUAGUUGUACUUUUGUAGAGGGUAGGAAGUGUAACCGUUCUGCUAGUGAAGUUAUACUGGAAACUGACAGCGAAGUGGUGCAGAUCGAUACUGCAAGGAACCUUUUACUAGUUUCAACACUAACACGAUCUUGCCUUUACAACUUGGAAACUUUAAGCUGUAUCCAGAUUGGCAAAAAACUUCGAUUUGGUCAUUAUGGCUCUGUGUUUUGUUAUGGUUCUGCUGACAGUUGUCACUGUGAUGAUUCUUCGAUUAAGCCAGGGACUGAUGAUGAAGAUGAUUUAUUUCGGAUUUUCAGCUCUCGGCCGAAUGGAAGACUUUGGGAGGCAAAUAGACAGGGAGUGGUGCACAGGACUCAUCAGUAUCGCACUCUGCUUCACUCAACUGAAUUCCCUUUGGUUUCUUAUCGAGAAGAGUUUUUAUCUGACGGUAUCAAGAAUGAUAGUACUUUGUCGUUUGGGCUUGUUCAUCGGCUGGACUGUGAACUGAAGUCGUUUAUUUUACUAAGAAGUACUUCAAAGUUCUGUGUGAUUGACCCGUCAGAUGGUAAAUUAAUUCUGAGUUGUGACGUUGGAGUUAAUUUUGAUGAAUAUGCUGUCAGUGGUUCUCACAUUAUUGUCUUAUCUACGAAGACGGGUAUUAUGCGUGAAUUUAUCAUUUCGGGUAUAGGAAGGGCUGUCGAAAGGCUGUGCUCUCAAAAUUUAUACACUCAGGCAGCCAACGUCAUAAUUUUGCUCGAAUCUCGCAUUUAUCACACGGCGCAUUUCCUUUGGAGUCAUGCUUUACUGAUUUCGAUUAUUGAGGCUGUGAAAAAAUCCUCAGCAUUUCGACAGAAAGAAGUUUUGCGUUGUAACUAUAUUGAAACCUUGGAACAACUUCUUACUUACGAAGAGAAAUCGACAUCUCCUGUAGUUUCACCUUUUCCGAACAAUUAUCAUCCUUUGCUUUUGGAAAAUAAAAUAUAUGAAACUGUUCAGCGACCUGAGGCAAGAAGUUGUCAAAACAGAUUUGCAAAGGGGAAGUCGUUAUUGCGAGUCAGGAGAAGCAGAAGUGUUCCAGGAAAUUGUCGGGUACAAUUGGUUCAAAAAGUAUCGUUAUGUAGGAGAAGAAGUUUUCCAGCAGGCCACUGUAGUUGGGAGUCUAUCCCUCUUCAGUACUGUCAAAAUUUCACCGGUUGCUGUAAGAACCGAAAAAAGUUGGUAGAGGAAGCCUUAGAUGUGUUGAAUAAUGCAAAUGUUCGGCAAUAUCGAAAGAUUUUGGGAAGUACGGAGUCGCUGAAAACUAUUUUAAGCAUUGAAGCACCAACUGUGACAUUCAAUUCUCCGAUGACUCUAGCUGAUGUUCCUCGAGAAUUGUCGGUAGCAAAAAAUUUUUUGAUAAUCAAUGCAGGAGGGAUUCAAGAAAAAGAAGGACCAGCCUUAAAGGAACCUAUGGAAGCUAAAAAUGAAGUAGUAAUUAAAGAAGAGUCUUCAAAUCCAGAAGCAGAAGUGACUGUUGAAAGAUUGCGGACAGUAAAAAGAAGUACUAGCGGGGCAAGAAUAGCGAAAGUGGUUAGGCCUUAUGGGCGACGGCCUACCUGUAAGCUGGAAGAAGAAAACGAGAAUUUUACUGCAGUUGGUCGCACUGGCGACUCUCCUGCAAAUGGUGCUUUAGAUGAAGUAGGAUGUGUUGAUUCGAAAGGGGACAUGGAUAAUGCGAAAGAGAUUAUUCCUCGUUUAAAACAGCAGGUGUUACAGAUGCUUGAUAACGCCGAACUUCCCGAGGAAUCGUCGGAAAACGGUUCAAAGGCUUCAAAGUUGCCGUACGGCGUGAAUCGUAGCGUUAUUCCUGACUCUUCUAGAACUUGUUUAAUAGAGAAAUUUGUUGUUGACCAGGAACUGAAAAUCGAUUGCGUCGCUGUCAGUUCUAACGGAACUUCGAACGAGCCAGUGUCGGGCUGUAGCGGUUUAAUUGGGUCAAACUUUGCACCUCGUCUCAGUAACCAAGUGAAGUCUGAGCUUGUAUUGGGUGCUGUACCGUCUUGUCCUAAAAAUGAUACGCGGGUUUCUUGGUCUGAUAACUCAGUUAUUGAUGAUCGUUGCCUCAACUGCGGUCUUCAUGAUUCUUGGCAUAUUGUUAUGACAUUUGGACCUGUUAUGGAGCAGUUAAAAAUAACCAAAGACCAGUUCCAAUUCGGUGGCGUUCCUUCCAACUUCCGGCAUUGGAGUGAGUUCUUUGAUGGUUAUCUGUCUACUAAGUCAAGCUUUGCCUUAGACAGCAAGAAGUUGUGCUCUGAGUGCGCGAAGUAUUUCGAGUUUGGGAAACACUUAAGGAGCAAAAAACAGUCGAUGUACGAGUCUUAUAUCAGAAAGCAAAAAUUAAGCCAAGAAUCUUCUCGAAACAGGCAGUAUGUCAGAGAAUAUGUUCUUUCACUUAGUAAUGAUUCUAUUUACGAACUGUUCUUUAAAGAUGUGAAGGAAAGAGCAGAAGAUUUGGAAGAAGUGACUAGUGAGACUGAGACCACCACAGAAGUAAGGGAGAAAGAUGAAAGGAAGAAAAAUACUCCUCGAUACGACGAUGAAAAGAGGCGAUGGUUUCUGCAGCACUACUCUACACUUUUAAGUCUACACAUAUCUCAGAUGCAGUUUUGCUACUCAUUUGCGUAUAAUGAGCUUUUUCAGUUACUAAAUUGCAUGCGACUUUGCGAAGGAAUGGAGGCGGUGUUUAAACUUUUAUCAGCUCAUCAACUAAGGAACUGCUUGGUGCAAAAAGAUUGGCAGUGGCUUGUUAUUCUAAAAGCCCAUCACUUAGAAAAGUGGAAACAGAUUUUACCGAGACAGUUAGUUUCAUCUGUUCUUUCGGAACUUGGUAUAAACUACAUAACCGAUUGCGGUCCGCAUGCUACAGUCUCAGAAAGACAUACGUACCAUAAAGUAUGUUUACGUGAAGCCAAUAUGACCAGGUGCGUCAGAUGUGAAUUAGAGCGUCGUCGUUUGCGAAGACAGAUGUGUAAUGUCGCACCUCCAAAUUCUCGACGGAACAGUUACGGCAAUCCUCGCACUUCUAACAGCGCAGAAACACGGCUUGGGAUGAAGCCAAUAUCUCAAGACGGUUCUGCGAGUAGAAGUUCUAUUCGUGCAGCUGGUGCAGUUGCUUUCUUGUCACCCCUGCUUUAG